CCCCGCGCCCCUUCCUUUCUUUUCCCUCAGUCGCUCGGAAUCCAACCUUUUUGUUUCACAGCGACAGGAGAAACAGGAUUAGGGUUUACUCUUCAUCCAUUUGAUUAGUUUCCCUCCUCCGAUUUCAAAAUCCACACCCAUUUCUGCUUUUAAAAUUGGGGUUUUCUUCCAUUUUUUUAAUUCUCUCGGAGUCACUUGCUUGUUCGUUUAAAUUUCUCAAUUCGAAUUCUGGGUUCUCUGCCCUGGAAGUGAUUUUUCUCCCAGAAAUCACUGUUUUUUAUCUUGAAUCGCAUUUCUUGAAUCCCCAAUUGCGAAUCUUGAAGUUUAAAUUAGGGUUUCAAACGCAUGAGAAGUGAGAGUAUGCCCAAGAGAUUGUCUUUGGGUGGCAUAAUGAGGAAGAAGCUAUCCGACAUCACCAAUUUGCAGGCUACGAAACCAAUGAUCCAGGAUGAAAAGCCGCCGGAAGAUUGUCUGACUGAUAAGGACUGCAUUGAGCAGCUCAGGAGGGAAAGAAUGACUUUGAUCAGACUUGUCGCCGAAAGGACUAAAAUGGUUGAAUUAGGUGGAGCUGAGUUGCAGAAACUGCGAAUUAGUCUCCAGAAAUUGCAGCUACAAAAUUUGAGUCUUGCACAAUCGAACAGCAGGAUGUUAGCGGAGCUUAAUUUAGGAAGAGAGAAGGUAAAAACACUACAGCAUGAACUUCUAUGCAAGAAUGCUUUAUUUAAAGCAAAGAAUCUAGAAAUAGAGGGAAAAACAGAGUUUAAACGUCAAAAUACUGCCUCUCAGGUAUCCAAGAUCAAGGAAGGAGAGGAGAUAUCUUUGCAUAAAGCUGAUAAUGAUGGCAAAACAUGUAAUCUCAACAAAGGCGAAGCAUGUAAUAUCAACAAAGGCGAAGCAUGUAAUCUUAACAAAAGACAUGCAACAAGAAGUCGAUCGGUAGGCGCUUCUACUACAGGCCAAAAGGUUGAAGACAAAGAGAAGGUUGAAAAUAAAAGACGGUGUUUGAGGAGGCAAUCUGCUAGAUUUAUUUCCCAGACAGAGAACCUGUUUGAAAUAGAGGAUGGCAAAUUACCAGUCAGUUGCACACCAGACAGUCCGAUGCACAGUAGUGGUCCCACUCCAUUGAUUUCAUCUACAACAAAAGAAGAGGGAGAAGAUAAUUGUGCCCCAAGGCGGUCUUCAGUUGGAAGACCGUUGCGCAAAGCAGCUGAGAAGGUUAAGUCAUACAAAGAAGGUUCGUUACUAGUCAAAAUGCGGAGAUCGGAGUGACAGAAGGGCAGCAUCUCAAUAUUGAGAAUACCGGUGAGUUGAAAAGAGCUUGUAUAAUGUAGUUGAAGAAAUGAAAUGUAAAAGAGAUGAUUGUACAACUAGAACAGUUGUAUCCAUAUCUUUCUGUAGUGACUUAUCUGCUAUGCUAUUGUAAGCCAUAUUCAAGAAAAAAAAAAAAAAAAAAAACUUUUGAUUAGCAGUUCUAUUGAUUUAUGUGGUAUAGUACUGUCUUUUCCAUAAUCACUUGUAUUACUGGUUUUUAAAGCGAUCGCGUUUGUUUGGGCUUUUAAAGUGAUUGUGUAUGUUUGGUGUACUAUUAUCAGAAGUAAGUGGUCCUAUCAUUUAUGAAAAAUUUAAGCUUAAAAUA